UUUUACAGGGGUAAGCAGUGGCACCGUGAAGGCUCCAUGAGGCAACAUCCAGCAUAGGGAGCUGUCAAUCACUUUCCCCUAUCCUUUACAGAGAACCAAGGAAUCAUCUAGAAGGCGCUGUGUUUAUCUGGAACUAAAGUAGAAAACAUGGCAUCCCAGAUCCCAGCACUCCCACAGUCUUUCGCUCCAGGGACUGACAGUGUCUUCUCUGACCAGUCUGGGUUUUUCUCUCUGGACUCCAACGUGCCAGGACUCUCUAAAGUGAUUCUUAACAAGCUAAACAUGAAGGACUAUGGAGAAUACAGGGCUGCAGUCGAGGGAAAGCCUAAAGGGUUCGCAUUCCGCAACUACAAGGAGAUGUUCCAGAAGAUGGAGGAGACCUUUAAGUUCUGCACCGGCUGUAACAAACUCCCAGAGAAUCUCAGCGAGGGGCAGAGCCUCAAGCGCUGUGUGAAAUGCUUGAAUGUGUACUACUGCACCAAGGACUGUCAGAAAAAAGACUGGCCUCAGCAUAAAAAAGUCUGCAAGACACUGCGCCUGGUGGCCAUUGACAGACUAGUAGAGUGGCUGAUGUUCACUGGAGACCUCCCAUUCCCAACCGAGAAGUGGUCUAAGGCAACCUCCGAGGUCAGGAACUGGGACGACUGGCUUCCGAUGCAGGGGGACCUCACACCCCGUCUGGAUGCCAUCUUGUCAGGUUCCAACAUGCAGUCCCUUUGGAAGAACGCCAGCAGACCCCAGCCAGAUGACCCUGACCUGAGACAAUCUUUGUGGCGGAUUCAGAGCGAGUUCCUGUCUCGGGUUCUCACAGUCGGGAUGGCCAUACAACGCUUUGGCCUGGACCCAUACGCUAAGCCCAUCACUAUUCACAUAGCGGGGGCAUCCCAUAAUGAGACCAUGGGAGCCAGGCUGACGGACUAUGACGAGCUGAACUGCAUGUUUCCGGGACACCAAGGCAUUGAGGUGGUCAUGGUGGGACCGGAAGUUGUACAUGGUCCCAUCGUGAGGCCUCCUCUCAAGGCUUUUGGCCCAAGGCAGAGGGUCUGGAUCAGUGCCCACAAAGCCCUUUACCACCAGUUCUGGGAGGACCUGGUGGAGAAAGAAGAGGCAGCGAGGCCAGACCUGGUGGUUGGAUUUCAUCCCGGGUUCCAUGCUAAUCAGGGUCUCGUCGAAGGCUGGUUGCCCACCCUCCUGCUGCUAAGAGAUUACAACAUCCCUUCCUUCUUCACCAUGUACAAUGAGAUGGAGCUCAAAUACUCCCUGGAGAUCCUGCUGGAGCUGGAGAUGCACAUGAGGGACAGCGGACCCAAUCCAUUCACUUCCCAGAAACCAGAGCAGGUCCAGGCCUGCCCCAACAAAACCCCAGUCUACUGCAACUCCCACUUCCUGUGUUUCCAAGGGCUGCUGCCACAGGAAGGUUGAAGAACCUCACGCAGAACAUCCUCAACGUUAGAAACGUGGCUUUGAAAAAGGAGUUUGGGGACUUCUUGAGUGACUUUCAGUUGUGCUGCCAGAUUGGAGAACAGCUUUUUUCUAAUGAGGAAUACAUGUCCUUGUUACCAUAAAGCAUUAACAUUGUCCUUUGGAUGUGUUAAUUGUUAAUUAAUGAGGCAGAUUACAGAAAUCCCUUUGAGCUUCACUAAGGCUUACUUUGUUGUGUGGUGACACCUGAGGGAACCAGCAGGGUGCGACGGUUUGUACACAAACACCGCCUCGAGGUAACAUGGAUGUAAAAUACAAAGGGACAAACAUUCACAACAAGACCAAACGUGGUUAACUCAUUAUUUUAUAUGGUUUGUUACGCAGAUUGACCUAAAUCUCACCAUUAGCUGCAUGGAAACAGAUAACAUGUAGACUAAUAUAACAUAUUAUUAAACCUAAAUAAAGGAUGAUGUUGUA